AUGGUUGAGCCAUGGAUGAGAACUAUUAUCUUGAUUUUGAAAAUUUGGACAAAAAAGAGCAACAAUCCUUAUAUUGAUACAAUCAGUUUGUAUGGCUAUGUACUAUUAGUAAUUUAUUACUUUGUCAAUGGUCUCAAGGAUGGUGUAUCACCAUUUUCUGCCUCUACAUUGUGGUACACACAUGAUGUGGUAAGUAUCAGAUCAAUUGGUGGUCUGCUCUCUGAAGAACAUAAAGGUUUAAUCCAAUACAUUGUGGAAGAGGGUGGUGCUGUCAAUGGCGGUCACACUUGCACGCCAGGAUCAAAGAAAGAUGAAGAUUUAGGAUCUCACAGUAAUCUUAAACUAGCCUUGAUCAGAGUUGGUUUCUUUGAUCUAUGGUCAUGA